UGUCACUUGGAGCCACGCUGCAUCACAGGACGCGUCAGUUUAACAGGAAAAAAAAACAUAUCAAUGCUGUCGGUAACUUGACCGAAGGGUUGGGCAAGAGGAACCGUGGACAUUACGCGCUACAGGCGAGUUGAUGAAGGUUUGAAUGAUGAAAGAAGGACCUGCGAACUUCCUAAUCUGGGAGCAAUUUUCCAAAGAGGGAUCCAUCCAAAUCACACUCGGAGAGGACCGGGAGGACGUUCUUCGUUAAACAGCCCUUAGGCUACUUUUGCAAAAAUGGCUCAGCUAUUUUACAAGAAAACGGACAACUCGGCAUACAAUGAUCGUCUACCACUGCGGAUUGUGCGGGCCGAGGCUGAGCUCUCUCCCAUGGAGAAGGUCUACCUGGGGGCUGUUGAAAGAGGGGACUAUAUGAGUGUGAAACAAGCGCUGGAGGAGGCUGAGAUCUACUUCAGGAUCAACAUCAACUGCAUUGACUCCCUGGGACGCACAGCCCUCCUCAUUGCCAUUGAAAACGAGAACCUGGAAAUCAUAGAGCUUUUGCUCAGCUAUGACAUCCAUGUGGGUGAUGCCUUGCUGCAUGCCAUUCGAAAGGAAGUAGUGGGGGCUGUGGAGCUGCUUCUCAAUCACAAGAGGCCCCGUGGAGAAAAACAGAUCCCCCCAAUCCUACGGGACAAACAGUUUUCAGACUUCACUCCAGACAUCACUCCAGUCAUCCUCGCAGCUCAGACUAACAACUACGAGAUCAUCAAACUGCUUCUGCAGCGAGGCGUUUCCAUACCUCAGCCACAUGCUGUGCGUUGCAACUGUGUGGACUGCAUGUCCCACUCGGAUGUGGACAGCCUCCGUAACUCCCGCUCUCGUCUUAACAUCUACAAGGCCCUCUCCAGUCCGUCUCUCAUCGCCCUCUCUAGUGAAGAUCCAUUCCUCACGGCUUUCCAGCUCAGCUGGGAGCUGAGGGAGCUCAGCAACGUGGAGAACGAGUUCAAGUCAGAGUACGAAGAGCUGUCCCGUAUGUGCAAACAAUUUGCGAAGGACCUUCUGGAUCAGACCCGAACCUCGAAAGAGCUGGAUAUAAUUCUCAAUUACCGUGAUGAUAUCAACCCUCUGAUGGAUGAGAACACCAAUGAUCUAGCCCGAUUGAGACUGGCAAUCAAAUACUCCCAGAAGGAGUUUGUUGCGCAACCCAACUGCCAGCAACUUCUUGCAUCUCGGUGGUACGAUGAAUUCCCUGGUUGGAGGAGGCGUCACUGGGCAGUGAAGCUCAUCACCUGUUUCUUUAUUGGCCUCUUCUUCCCGUUGUUUUCUAUCUUCUACCUGCUUUUUCCAAAGAGUCGCGUUGGAGAAUUCAUCCGUAAACCUUUCAUCAAGUUCAUCUGCCACACUUCUUCUUACUUGACCUUUCUCCUGCUGCUCUUCUUGGCCUCACAGCACAUUAACACUGGUGACCCACAGCGUCAGCCUGCCAACGUUCAAGGCCCACCACCCACCACUGUGGAAUGGAUGAUCCUGCCUUGGGUGAUUGGUUUCAUAUGGGCUGAGAUCAAACAAAUGUGGGAUAGCGGUUUAAAAGACUACAUGGAUGAUUGGUGGAACAUCAUGGACUUCAUCAUGAACUCCUUGUAUCUCGCAACUAUUUCUUUAAAAAUUGUUGCAUAUACAAAGUACAACGGAUACAUGCAAAGAAACAACUGGGAAAUGUUGCACCCUACGCUGAUGGCAGAGGCAUUAUUUGCCAUUGCUAACAUCUUCAGCUCCUUACGCCUGAUCAGUCUUUUCACUGCCAACUCACACUUGGGGCCUUUACAGAUUUCACUGGGCCGCAUGCUUCUGGACAUCCUCAAAUUUCUCUUCAUUUACUGUCUCGUGCUUUUGUCUUUUGCCAAUGGCCUUAACCAGCUCUACUACUAUUAUGCGACUGUUGCAGAUGAAAAGGGAUGCAAAGGUAUUCGUUGUCAACCUCAAAACAAUGCCUUUUCAACGUUGUUUGAAACACUGCAGUCAUUGUUCUGGUCUGUGUUCGGCCUGAUUGCUCUCCAUGUGACGAACGUGGAAGCGAACCAUACAUUCACCAAAUUUGUGGGCACCACUAUGUUUGGUACUUACAAUAUAAUCUCCCUGGUGGUGCUUCUGAACAUGCUGAUUGCAAUGAUGAACAACUCCUACCAGCACAUUGCUGACCAUGCAGACAUAGAAUGGAAAUUUGCACGGACAAAAUUAUGGAUAAGCUAUUUUGAAGAAGGCGGGACUUUGCCAUCUCCUUUCAACAUAAUACCUAGUCCAAAAUCAGUGUAUUAUCUGCUUAAGUGGAUUAAAAGUAACGUUUUCAAGAAAUCAAGCAGAAAGUCCUUUGACACCUUUGAGUCUUUGGGGUUGCGGGCAGCAGAAAAUGUCCGAUUAAACCGUGAAUACCAGGAGGUUUUGAAGAGCCUUGUGAAGCGGUAUGUUGCUGCAAUGAUCAGAGAUGCCAAAACCGAGGAGGGACUGACAGAGGAAAACUUCAAGGAGCUUAAGCAAGAUAUCUCCAGCUUCCGCUAUGAAGUCCUGGGAAUGAUGAAAAGUAAACCUCUCUGUGGGGGAACAAGUCCAGUUGCGAGCACAACAUUGGCAUACCCUGGAAAUUCCUUCAAAUAUUCUCGUAAACCUGCUGCCAGUGAGAGUAAAAAAGAGCCACAAAUGUUAGACGCAAAGUCCCCCGCCGCACUCCAAAGUAAUCCCGCCAACACCACCAACUCGUCGUGCUCAAAUGAUCAAAGCAACUGCGCUGUUGUCGUGUGGAGUUCGGAAAAGACCGAAAGUGAGAUAUCAAAAGAGCAGUCAAACCUUGAGCGCUAUCGGAAAUGGAACCAAAUCUCCUUUCUAAAAUGUGAAGAAACAAGCUCCUCGUCUGGGGCGUCCGGUGGACAAAACCAAGUCCACCAGGGUGGGAAAGCAGACAUGGCGGUCUCACAGAGGGUGAACCCAGACGUUCAGGAAACAGGGCCUUCUCGUACCGUCCUUUCAAAGGGAGUAACAAAUGGUCCAAAAAAGGUGCAAUAAUAAAUCUGCAAGAAGUAACAUAAUUAAUGCACCGUGAAGAAAAAAUUUGGUUCAAAUCUUAAACAUGUAAUCAUUAUUUACCUAAUAUUAUCAAGAAAGUAACACUUAACUACUACAAUAGAUACACUGUAUUUUGUUGAUACACCAUUGGAUUCUGUCAGUCAUGUGAAGGCCUAAAAGGUUUUUUUUUUUUCUUAUGAGCAACAGCAUUGCUCACUUAGUGCUCAGGGAAUUGAACUGUAAGUGUGUUAUUGAGCUCUUACCUUAGGCAACUCACUCCAAAACAGUUUAAACAUCUGUCUGCCAUUCUUAUGUUCCUCCACUGACCUAUUUUCUGACUGUGACUUAGAAAACACUGUUCACCUAGGAAAAAUAGUGCUAUAUCUCAUGUGCUGUUGUGAGUUUUUACUGUAUUAAUCAUGCAAGAAAAGCUGAAUAAUCCUAAUGAUUGAUGCUAAGUAUAUAAACCCCAGAUGUAUCCACUGUCUAAGCUAAUUACAUGUUUGAUUUAGUCAUUAUCGUCUAUCGCUGUUAAAUAAGCAAGACAGCUUUGACUAUUAGAGGCAACCUGUCCUUCACAUUGAUUGCUCCAAAGACGAUACAUUAGCGAGGGGAGGGUAGAAUCUUUAUUGUGAGGCUGAAGCAGAGAAAGUAUGUGCACAUUUUCGGAUUUCUUUCAGGAUGUACUUUUGCCAUGUUAUCACCGUUUUAUAUACCGCCGGCUAAUGGGCUACUAAAUGUAUUUCAUUGCUUCGACAACUUUUAUUACUUAUGAGACAUAAUAAAAAAAAAAAUACACCUUAAUAAAAU